GAAAUGACUUUUGAUUGGUUGCGAGGUACUUCCGUGUACAUCUGCCAGCCAAUCAAAUGUCUUAUACUCCAGUUUUUUGAACCUGAGCAUUUUAACCGUCAGGCGCGACAAAAUAAAUUGUCUGUGAGUCGGAGCGGGUUAGAUAAAACGUGUUCAAGCGACAAACUAAUUUGUUUGUUUUUUAGGUAAAACAAGAAAAAAAAAUGGAAUUGGAUUCCAUGAAGUAUGCCGAAUUACGCAGUCUUGCGAAGGAGAUUGGGCUCAAAACCUCAAAACUGAAGGCUGAUAAGCUUCUGAAGGUGCUCAAGGAGCAUUUCCAGCAGCAGGGAGAUGUUGCAGUGGAGCAGGGAGAUGAGACUGGCAUCGCUGCACAGGAUGAUGUCAACUCAACCCAGGAAGUCAACCAUUCGUCACAGGUUGACGAUGAGCCUUUCCUAAAACAUCAAACUCAGGAGUUUGUUACCAAACGUCGCGGUAGAGGGCGACCGAAGAAGAGGAAGGAGCCUGAAGAUGAGAUCUUUGAGAAGCUGGUUGAACCCAGAAUCGGCCAAGGGAGUGUUAAGAGAAGGAAAACGUCUGCCGCUAAGGAUUCUGGGACGGCAGCACCAGUGGAGGAGGCACAGAAAACCAAUGUUCAGACACAUCCUGAACCUGGCCACAAAGAUGCAGCCCCGGCAGUGACGUUUGAGAAAGGAGAGGGACAGGAGGUGGUGAAGCCAGUGGGAAAGAUCCCUCGCCACGAGGGGCUCCUGAAGAGGACUAAGUCGAUGCUGAAGCCUACGACACCAAACUUCAGAAAGCUCCACGAGGCACAUUUCAAGAGGAUGGAGUCAAUCGAUUCGUACGUGGAAAGGAAGACCAAGCAAGUUGAUUUGUUCAGAAGUUCCGUGAAGGAACUGAAGGUUCUCUCCGAUAAGACUCUUUCUAACCCGACUGAAGGAAAAACCCCAGGGAUGUCGAGCUGUGCCUCCCUGUUCAGCCCAGCAUCCCAGAGACCUGCCACAGACCAACGCAGACAGACCCGAUUCUCAGGCAUCAAAUCUGCCACUGAUAAAAGUAGACUCUCAGCCAGUAAGCCAGCCACAGACAAACGCAGACAGACCCGGGUCUCAGCCAUCAAAUCUGCCACUGAUAAAAGUAGACUCUCAGCCAGUAAGCCAGCCACAGACAAACGCAGAGAGACCCGGGUCUCAGCCAUCAAAUCUGCCACUGAUAAAAGUAGACUCUCAGCCAGUAAGCCAGCUACAGACAAACGCAGACAGACCCGGGUCUCUGGCACCAACUCCCCUCAGAAGGACACUGUUGUUCCAUUCAGACCCACAGUCCUGUCCACUUGCAGGAUCAAUGUCCGGUUCUCUCAGGCUACUCGGGAUAAUGAGCACAAGAGGCCCAUGGUCAAGACACCAGCGCGCCCGUCAACCCGCGUGGAACUCGUCACUCCUGGGAAAGAGACUAAAGUUGGCGGGAACCGUGAAGUCAACAGGCCCUCUGUUCCCUCUAGCACCAAGACGCCAGGAACAGCAUUUGUGUUUAAUGCAAACACCAGUGUUCUUUCUAACACUCCUGGAACCAACAAGGCCAACUUUGAUCUGAAGGCCAGUCUCUCUAAGCCUCUCACCUACAAGCCUCACAAGGGGAAGCUGAAGCCUUAUGGAGAGACCAAGGAGAACACCGCUGACCAGUCUCAGAUUGUUCUUUCACACCAGAAGAACUACAAACAGCACCCGGUUCAGACGAGGGAGCAAAGGAGGACAAAACAGACUGAAGACAGGAAGCAGAAGAAAGUGAACAUGCUUGGAGCCAGACGAGGCCUCGUCAUGACCUAAUUAUUCUGUCACCCCCCCCCCCCCCCCCCCCCACUCUUCUGUAAAGAUUAGACCCUGUUUUUACUGCAUCUGUCCUCUGUACUGUUAUGAUUGUUCAAUUUUCCUCUGUAGUUCCUCAAACAACUUCACUAUUACAAUGUUAUGUACUUUUAUUGUUCACAUUAACAUGUUAAAUAUUUUGGUCAUCUGUAAUUCACAUGUUUUACAGUGCGUAUAAGUUUGUUGUACUUUUUCCAGAAUUGUAAAUACAUGUAGUAAAUUUGGCA